UUCGUUUCGCAGCCCGACAUAUCAGACGGGAAAUGUUUCAAUGACGUAACGACCGCGUUCCACAUCUUUUGUCACCAACUGUCCUCAAUCUUUCAUCAACAUAUAUCGUCCCAACGUAUAAUCAUCUCUCAGGUGUCAAUCAUAACCAAGAUCUCCACAUUUCGCAUGAUAUUCCCCAACAUGGUCGACCUUGCAAGCAUCACCGAGCUUGCGAAUCCCCCGCAAAACAUCAUCGGAUCUGCAAUAUUCCUUGCCUAUAUCGUUCUCGCCCUCUAUGGCACCAUCAAUAUUUCGGGAUCGAUAUACUCACAAUACAGCUCAAUAGCCAAGCUGAGCAAGAGCAAGAGCAAAGAAAAGGGGAAACUCAAAGAGAAAGAGAAGAAGAGAAAAGGGAAAGAGGAGGAAGUCCAGAUCGCUCAAUCGAGCGCGAUACAGAAUGCACGCAAGCGACACGUCAAGAUUUACGCGUUUCUCGCGUCCAUCAGCUUUGCGACUUUAUCUUAUCACAUGCUCUCUUUUCUCAUCAUAUCAUACAGCGCGUGGGCUGGAAAGCGAAAGUUGAGUUUAAACGAUAUUACCGUAGACAGCUUGAAGGCGUGGAUGCUGAACACCUCGCUCUUCGACUCCUUCGCUAAAGAGCUAGUCCAUGAUGGACCCAGCGCGGCAUGGACGCAAGGUGCCAUUCUGGCCACCUACUUCUGGAACAUCUGGAUGGCGGACAAAGUACAACAACGUGGAUAUUCGCUUAAAACUAUGUUCCCUUAUGUCAUGCUCAGCCAAAUUCUACCAAUCUCCCUGACAGUUUCGCUCUUCAUCGUUCAACUCCAUUUAUCCGCUAUCCUAGAAUCCGCCAAAGUUCCCACCUCAGAUGGCCCACAGCCUACAUCCGCGAAGAAGGCUUAUAAAAAGACCAAUCCCACCUUGCCGACCAUAAUCCUCAACGCCGCGCUCCUAGCUCUCCCGCCCCUGCGAAAUCACCCGGUCUUCAUUCCGCUAGUCCUCCUGACUCGAAUCAUUCUUCUCGUUCCAUUCUCUGGUCGCAUCAGUUCGCGGGAGCAGCAAGUGGUGCAAUCCAUUUCCAUCUCAGCAGGUUUUGUGUUUGCCCAGCUGUUCAUGAUGAGGUCGACGACCUCGCUAGGUGAAGUGGUGAGGGGAUGCUGGAGUGGCGGGGAGGCCGUGAAGGCAUUAGGAUGGGAUGCACAGUUGGGAGCGCUGGUGCACUUGGUGCUGAGUUGGGGUGGAGGCGUGUAA